AUGCCCUCUCAAAAUGCGUGCAUACCAUCAGUGCAUCCAAACAAUGAUGGUUCUGUGAGCAUCCGACACGUCCCAACGCUGGAAGGUGCACACGAAAUCAGUCUCUCACACAAUGAUCAACCAGUUGAAGGCACACCAGUAAGAAUUAAUGUGGGAGAAAUCGGCGGAGCUUACGCGACUGCCUACGGUCCUGGUUUGGUUCAAGGCCGCAGUGGUCAGAAAACAUUCUUCAGAGUGGUCAAAGCCAAAAAGCUUGAUGAGGUCGCGAUCAAAAUUAACGGCCCGGAGAAGGCGGAGAUCAACGAGAAGACGAAGGAGGAUGGUCUGUACGUGGAGUACAUUCCCUUCACGCCAGGGGAGUAUUUCAUCGACGUCGUCGUUGACGGGAGUCAUAUUCAUGGAUCACCUUUCUCUGCUAAGAUAUCAGGUCAAGGUACCAAAAAAACAAGUCACAUAAUUUCGACUCCUUCAGAAUAUAACUUGUGUGACAACGCGGUUGAUCUUACGGGCCUCAUUGCUUAUCUCAAGGGACCUGCUAUUGCAAUGACUCAAAUUCCAUUAAAAAUUCAACAGGAUGGGCAAUUAGCCAUCACGGGGUUUAGUGCGCGAGAAGCUGGUACGUACGUCGUUGACGUCAGUAGGGAGGGUCACAAGUUCAAGGGCAGCCCUUUCAAAAUUGAAGUGACCAAACUUACUGAUCCAUCAAAAGUCAAAGUGAAAGGUGCUCUGAAGAAAGGCAAGUCAAACUGCUGGAACCAGGUCACCGUUGAUAUCGGAGAAGCUGGAUACGGAGAGUUAUACGUGAGCAUGGAAGGUCCAUUCAGAACGGACUUCGAGUCUCAGUGCGUCUCGAGUAGCGAGUACCUGAUCAACUACCGACCACCAGAACCUGGCCGCUACUUGAUGGUCAUCAAAUACGCCGGAGAACAUGUUGAGACCUGUCCAUUUUUAGUGAACAUCGAGGGAGAGUCCAGCGGUAGGGUAAGGUCACAAAUAUCCACUCACGUCCAAUCACCCACCGUGGUCCUGGUGGGAAAAACUGAGGAAUUGAACUUUGCCAUGCCUGGGUGCAGUGCCCUGGACAUGGAGGCCUCCCUCACCCAGCCAUCGGGAGGGGUGGAGUUGUGCGAGAUUCGUGACCAACCAGGUAGUCAGUUCAUUGUCAAGGUGUGUCCUGUAGAGAAGGGGCUCAACAUUCUCAGCUUGAAAAUGAAAGGAGUUCACAUCAGCGGCAGUCCCUUGCCAUUCACAGUUGGCUCACCCAUCAACGAUGGGGACCUGCACAAAGUGGAGUUUGGAGGGAUCGGGGCCGACAGGGGUGUGGUGAAUACCAGAAACACGUUCAACGUGUACACACGGGAAGCGGGCUCAGGCAUGUUACAGGUGACCGUCGAUGGGCCAUCAGAGGCACAAUUGGAGAUCAAGGACACCAAGACUGGAUUCUGUCACGUUACUUAUAAAGUCGAAAAAGAAGGCGAGUAUACGAUAGGCUUGAAAUAUGACGGUGUUCACAUUCCAAGAUCACCAUUUAAGGUGCUCGUGGAUCCAGACUGCAAGGACGCCCAUAAGGUUUCCGUCCAUGCCAUGAGGGACCGGGGACUGGAGGUAGUUUUGUUGACGGUGAGUAAGCCAUGCACGUUUUCAGUGAAUUUGAACGGAGCAGAAGGUUUGUUGAAAGGUCACCUGACUACCCCAUCUUGUCAGAAGAAGGAAAUCAUUCUCGAAGACAUUGGUGCUGGUCACCAAAUGGUCAGAUUUGUCCCCGAUGAAAACGGCGUGUACUACGUAUCGCUGAAAUUCAAUAACACUCACAUACCUGGAAGUCCAUUUCCCAUGCUCGUCGGCCAGUUGGGAGCCGACCCAGCCAUGGUGAAGAUGGAGGGCCGAGGUCUCAUCAGCGGCACUGCUGGCCAGCUGACCAAGUUCUACGUGAUAACCUCAAAGGCGGGCAUAGGUCCACUGCAGGUGCAAGUUGAAGGGCCGUCAAGGGUUGCCAUAUCCUGCAACGACACUGACGAUGGCUACGAAUUUUCAUACACGCCCACCUACCCAGGUGACUACUACGUCACCACAAAGUUCUGCAACGUGAUUGUACCUGGCUGCCCGUACAAAACUAAAAUUGGAGGCAUAGGCAGAACGAUCGACGCGAAAGAAACCUCAACCAUCCAAGUUCAAGCUCAAGAAAAGAAACCAGGUGCCACCCGCAAAACACUGCGAGGUGACAGUUCAAAGGUCAUUGUGCAAGGCCCUGGCCUCAAGAAAGGCUUCAUCAGCAGAGUCGGCACUUUCACUUUGGACUUCAAAGAAGCUGGCAAUGCUCUGCUGGUGGUUGCCAUGGUUUCCCCUCAAGGCCUGCCUGUGAAGGAGCUUACUUGCAAGAAGCAGAAACCAGGUCAGUACGUGUGCACCUACCUACCUGAAUCGAAGGGUGACCAUCAGUUGCACAUCAGGUGGGAUUCAGAUGACGUCCCCGGCAGUCCCUUUGUCAUCCCCAUUGCUUAAUGCACCCCGCACAUUUCAUCGUAGUUACAUGUUUACUAUGACGAUAGUUGAGUUCUGGAGAUUAUGAUGAGUAAUCAAGAUUGUAUAGAAGUCCUUUUAUAGUCAGUCAUCCAAUUUUUUCAUAAUUUUAAAUCGAAUACACGGUCAUUUAAGCGUUUGGACGUAUUUUUGCUUCAGUUUAGAAACUUCCAAUUCAACAUUUUGCCAUCUGGGUGGUAGACGUAUUGAAUACAAUUAUUAACUGGAGUGAUCGAUUAAAACAUUUAAAUGGUUAAUUAAUUUUAGAGCACAUCAAUUCACAUUUCACCGACUUAAUGUUUGUUUGCUAUUUGCCGAGCGAGAUCGCCCUAACAAUUACUUGCUUAAACUUGAUUGCGAAUUUCACCAGUUGUAUGUAUUACAAAAAUGUUGUUUAAAAUUAUGUGCGAUAUAUAAAUAUAUAUACAAUACGAGUACUUAUUUUGUACUGUCAAGUGCCUGUUUACCUAGAUGAGCACCUAUCUCUUAGCUAGUUUGUAUGUCAUAUGUUUUGUAUGUUUGUUUAUAUUUGUCUACUGUAUGCUUUUGUAUGUUUAUUUUUUACAUGCUUGUAUGCAAAUGUUUUUUUUUGUGUACAUGUGUAUGUAUGUGAAGUUGUACGCCUGUGUGUGUUGGUGCUGGUCUUGCUCAAAUCUAACGAUAACAUGUUCAAAUAACGAACAUAAGAAUCUAUGUGUAAUUAUUAUUUGAUGUUGAUUAAAGUUUAUACAUACUCGUUCUGUGGUUUUAUUUGCAUUCAACAUUAUUUGACCCGCACCGAUCAUUUGUGCAUGCCAUAAAAUGAAGACAUUUAUUACAUGAUCACAAUGCUGAUAUUUUUUUGUUUCUCAUAUUAAUUUAGUGAUAUGAAGUUCAUUAAAUCCUUAUACGUUUCAUUGUUACGUUGCAUUAUAUUGAAUAAUAUUCUCAUAAAAU